CACUGGCAUUGCGCGCUGCAUCUUCUUCCGGCUCACCACACCACUAUAUUCAAUCUGUUAUAAGCUAUAUCCGACGGCUGCAUUUUCCAGCAUUUUCUCCAUUGCAUCUCACCGUUUGUCAGGUCGUUUUUGAGAAUGAAAGGAGCGAAACUAGCUUUGGUUUUGGGCAUGUUUUUGGCCCUCGUCCUGCUGACCGAGGCAGUGCGGAGCAGGAAAGACUCUAGUAACCAGAACAGCUUCAGGAGGGCGGCCAGCGGCUUCUAUCAAACCCUUAGCAAUUUUUUCGGAGAGGAGAACAUUAGGGCGCUGUACAAGUUCUUCUCAAAAACUACAGAGAGGUUUGUUCAUGGAGUCGAUUCAUUUUUGGACACUUUGUGGAAACUCUGGGUGGAUCUGCUUGAUGUUAUGGGCAUUGACUCCUCUAACCUGACGCACUACUUCAGCCCAUCGUCCGUGUCCAGUUCUCCUGCUCGCGCGCUCCUCCUAGUGGCAGCCUUGCUGGUGGCUUACUGGUUCCUGUCCUUGUUCCUGAGUGGCUUCUUUUACAUCCUUCACGCGGUGUUCGGCCGUUUCUUCUGGCUGGCCCGCGUAGCGCUUUUCGCCCUCUCGUGCCUGUACAUCCUGCAGAAAUUUGAGGGCGACCCAGAGAAGGCGGUGCUGCCGCUGUGCUUCAUCAUGGCUGUGUACUUCAUGACGGGACCGGUGGGUGCGUUCUGGCGGAAAGGGGGCGGAUCUGGAACUCUGGAAGAGAAAAUCGACCAGCUCGAUACCCAGAUCCGCCUCCUCAACAUCCGCUUGAGCAGAGUGAUUGAAAACCUGGAGCGCUCCAGUGACCAAUGAAGUUUUUCACCCCAGGCUAAGAGUUAAAGCUGGGGUUUGUGAGAUGGUAUGAGAAAAAAGUUUUUUGGUUUUUUUUGUCCCCUUUUCUCUCAGGAUGUCCCAAUGUAGUAAGACAAGAAUUGUAAGAAAAUUUGAUCAAUUCUCCAAUUGAUAAACCGAAAUUAGUCCACUACGUUCGCCCUGUUGUCGUAGAAUGUAUUAUUAGUGUCCAUUUCUACUGUAGCCAUCCAUUUUUUUUUUUAGUAAAUAUCAGGACUUUUUUUGUAUGCUGUGAGUCUGUGUGUGUGUGUGCUAUUCCAUUGCGCAGUGUUAUGCCUUUAUCAUAAGCUUUGUUUGGGCACUUUCUGUAAGUGUGUGUGUUAUUUAUAAAUCAUGAUGGCAAUGCAAUUGAGAGUUGAUUUAGAAACACUCAAAUUGUGAAGAAUAGUCAGUAUCACUGCAUUUUGUUCAUCUCUCCUUUGUCUCUUCUUGAGGUCACCAGAGGUUACUCUGAGUUCAGGACCGAUUGGCACUAUCAGGGAUCGAGAUGUAUGUGGAAAUCGCUUUCAGAAAGCAGCUAGUCAUCAGAUUCAUGAGGAUAUCUGACCAGUGUUUCUGGCAGCAAAAUAACGGCGCUGCAAUCUACACCAGUAUCUCUGUCCAAUUUCAGCUAAGAGAGAGAGAGAGAGAUGUUCUCAUGUGCUUAAGAUAAGUAAGUACAGGGAGAAACCUGGUCAUGCACUUUGUUCUCAGCAUGAGAUCAUUUUAUCACUUGUAUGUACCAUUUUAACGUACUUUUAGAAAGGGAUUGAUCGAGUAGUGUGUUAAUCCCACUACAUAUUAGUGCUGCUUAGUUAAUCAUUUUUAAGAAAGUGGCCUCUAUGGUUUCAUCCACAGUGGCAUUGAAAAUGAAAUUCCUGGCAACUAAUUGAACCCAGGUUCUCUCUUCUCUGUUGCCUCUCAUUCCUUGCAGUAAACCUUUGUAUUUAAAACUAAUUUGCAUGUUUUUUUUACAUAUCAUUUGAACAUUGAAUCACUGUUCCAUAGAUUACGGUACUUUUACUUCUUUUUAUACGUUUUUACAUUUAAAGAGAAAUUUUAUUAAGUGUUUAAGUAUAACUUUGUUCCAUGAUAUACCAUGAAUUGAUUUAUUUUUACUACACGGUUAGCACUGCUAUAUUUUAAGUAAAUUCAUUCCGGUUCAAAAGUUUGGAGGGUUUCUAUAAGAAAUGGAUAUUUUUAUUCAGAAUUCAAUUGAAUAAAAUCGUCCUUUUGAACUUUGUUCAUUAGAAAAUGCUAAAGAAGAAGUAUCACAGUUUCCACAAAAAUGUUAAGCAGCACAACUGUUUUCAACAUUAAUAAUCCUGAGCACCAAAUCAGCAUAUUAGACUGAUUUCUGAAGGAUCAUGUGACACUGAAGACUGUGACUCCAUCACAGGAAUGAAUUACAUUUGAAACAAUUUUUGAACUAUUUUAAUGAAAUAGUUCACAACAUUAUUGUUUUUACUCUAUUUUUGGUCAAAUAAAUCUUAACGACCCCAAACUUUUGAACAGUACUGUAGUGUGUUUUUAAAAGCCGGGAACAUUUUAUGUUUUUGUUUUGCGUCAUUGUAAAGUGUUUUUUUUUUAUUGUUAAUUUCUGAUAACAAAUUAUCAUUUUAGUAUUAUGUUUGUCUCCAGUCUGUUAUUCUAAAGUCGUCAUGAAUUCAAAGGGAGAGUUUUGUGGCUUUUAGUCCCUGCCAUCUCAACUCUUUUUAAACAUUCAAAAUUCACUUUUAACAGAAACAGAAAGUCUUUCUCUUCAAGGAAAAUAGGCCAAAAACAUAGAUGACUCGUCCUGCACCUCACUGAUUUUAGACCUGCCAAUGACUACUGUAGUGAAACUCAAGCCUACUGGAAAUCAGUGCAUGCACCAUCGUCAGGCCCUUUUUUUUAUUGUAUGAAUAUGUGAAGGAUGUUACCUGGUUUAUAAAUCAUACAAAAUAAGCACCAGCUUUUAAGGAAUCUACAAAUAGCAAACGUGCGUGUAAUUGCAAUGUACCAGCAUUAUUGUAAAAGUACUAUGGACAAUACGAAUAAUUACACAUUAUACAUGUUUCAGCAAACAUAAAAUAGUAAUGUUGACCUUGCAUAUCUGUGAAUGAGAAGCCACAGUAAUAUACCAUGGAAAAUAAGUUGUAUUGUUAGAUAUGAUUUUAAGGUGAAAUUUGAUAUUUUCCUUCUCAAACUGUUUCAUACCUGUAAUUCAGUUGAAAGUUCCAGCACUAUGUCAUGUCCAAAAUUAAUUUGUGGAAAUUUUUUUUUUUUUUUUUUUUAAUAUAUAUCAAACAUAAGGGAGAUGUACUGACUCAAUAACUGCAAAGACCCAGUUAUCUCUCACAUUGUCCGUCACUCCAGUUGAAUGCGCCAGUGCCAAUUAUUGUGUGUUGAGGAUUUUGCAUCAUUAACUGAUUUGUAUUAGAAAGCACUGAAUCUUUGUGAAGUCUAGACAUUACCUGGUGUAUUUGCACCAUGCCUAGAUAUCUAUAUCAGGUUUGCUUUUGUACUGUAUAAUUUUUUAUCAGGGUCGUUCACCUGUGAUGUUGCUUUCUGUGGUAUUGUUUGCGCUGUAUGUGUCAUGAAACUUAAAUGAUUUUCUCUGAGAUUAAACGGUGGUCCAAAAAUGAUUUAAUAAAUGUAAUAUACAAUUUGA